AUGGUUUUAAUUCUGAUUGCUGUUAACAGUGUUCCUGAGGGAUUUAAUGAUGAGCGUGCUCCAAGUGUGCUGUCCAUGAAAAGUGACCGCUCAAUGGGACUUCCAGGAAAUUUUAAAGGAGAUUUUACGCCAAACAUAAAAGUUCCAGAGGGAUUUAAUAAUGGGCCUGUGCCAAGUGUGCUGUCCAUGAAGAGUGACCGCUCAAUGGGACUCCCAGGAAACUUUAAAGGAGAUAUUACCCCAGACACAAAAAUUAAUCUGGACCAGUUGGAGUCUUCAAGCAUAGUAUCGUCUGCAGUGACAUCUAGCGUCAGUGAACAGUGGUUAUCUUCAGGAGUAUACCACCAGGCAAUUCUCCCUGAGGGAGUCCCGUGUGACGUCUGUUCUAAGAAAGCGGCGAAGUCCUGCCUCACCUGCAGUGCCUCGUUCUGUGAGGACCACAUCAAGACCCACUACACAGCUCCGGCCUUGCAGAGACAUAAGCUGGUCCAGGCCACCAGAGACCUGGAGGAGCGACUGUGUCAACUGCACAGCAGGCACCUGGAACUGUUCUGUCAGACGGACAAAACCCUGAUCUGUGCCUUGUGUUCCGUCGAGGAGCACAAAGGACAUGACAUUACCGCAGAUCGGAGGGAGAUAAACAAUAUUCAAAUUGUUCACAUGAAGGAACCAGAGUGGGAAAUAAGAGACGAGCUAGCUCCUCCUGGACCAAUCAAAUUCAGCUCCGUGAAGGCUGACUCGAUCACUUUGAGCUGGUCAGGACCGGAAGGCCGCACGGGCUGCCAGAGGUUCAGGGUCUCUGUCGAGGGUCAUCGAGAGCAGCGCUGCCUUGAGGUGACAAAUUCAGAACUACUCUUCCAAGGUCUCACCCCACGUGAGAAGUACGACUUCAAGGUCGCGGCCAUCUACGGAGAACACAUCCAGAGCACAUGGGUGGCCAAAUCUGUGUGCACAGUGGUCCCAGUUCCUAAGGACCUAUCUGUGACCGCCAUUACUGAGACAUCCAUCCAUGUCACAUGGAAGCAGCCAGAAGGAACUGAUCACAUUUCAUAUCGGGUGACCCUCCGCAGGAGCCAUGGGCCAACAUUAAAGGAGUCGGACACCGAAAGGAGCUCUAAGGGUGUGCUGACCAUUUCCACAGAAGCUCUUGAGUGCUCCUUCUCAAAGCUGCUGCCAGCAACCAACUACACCAUCGAAGCUGCCAGCGUGCUAAAGACUGGGCAUGAUGAGAGUGAAGCAGUACUUAAAAGCUGCCACACAAAGAUUCCUGUGCCAGAGAAUCUGAAGAUCGAAUCAUAUACAACUACAAUAAAUCUCAGUUGGAGCCUGUCAGCCGAGAUGGAUCAGAUCCCUCACAAAUUCCUAAUAUCCUCCUUCCAAUAUACUGAGGACCAGAAGCCAAAGAUUAUUUCUGUUGAGUCAUGCCAUGGAGUCAUCACAGGUCUUAACCCGUACACAGAGUACAGGAUAUCAGUGUUAACCAUUGUUGACAACGUUGGGAAGAGCAAAGAGGCCUCAAUUUGUGCCCUAACUGGGGUCUUGCCUGUUACAGAUUUAGAAGUCGACAUACAGAAUUCAACUGCUUACAUCAGCUGGAAUUAUCCUCAGCAAUUUCAGCUACACACCGCCAUCGGCUUGGUUUCCUGCCAUAGUGAUGAAUCAGACCGAGUAACCACGACUUGCCAUUAUCCUGCUGUUUUCGAUGAGUUAAAACCAAAUACAGAAUAUACCUGUUCUGUCACUGUCACCACACGCAUAGAGAGUCCAUUUGUGGAUGAUCCUAUCGCUGGGAUAGAAAGUGAUCCUGUCUCCAUUUCAUUUGUGACAAGUCUUCCUCCUCCUGGGCCAAUACAGUUCACUUCAGUGAAGUCAGACUCUUUGUCUUUUACCUGGGGACUUCCUAAAGGCCUGACCAGCUGUCCGAAAUUCAAAGUGUCUUUGUUCCAUGUCCCAGAAGAAAAUCACCAAAUCAACAAAAUGUACCCUCUUCAGUAUUGUAGAAUGGUACCAUCAUCCUUGCCACAAUAUGUUUAUGAGAAGUCUGACUGCAUGAUCGUGCACUGCUUGCAAGCUGGAUUUAAAACACUUCUUCCUAUGACAAAGUAUACAAUUACUGUGGAGACUCUCAGUGAGGAAGGAAAGAAGAAAAGUCCCUCUGUGUCUGCAACAACACACACAACCCUCCCAGAACCAGUUGCCCUGGAUCUAAAUAUGGAAGACCUCUCGCUAACAUGGCAACAGCCCCCUGGACUAUCAGAGGAGUCAUAUCAGCUGAGCUUCUUCAGAGAUGGAGAGUGUAUCAAAGUUAGGGGAACCGCAUCUUACACUUACCCUCUCGCUGGCUUGAAUUUUGAGACUGAGUACAUAAUUGAAAUUUCAACUCUAAUGGAAGGCCAUCAGAGCAAGCCUUUGUCUAAAACCAUUUACUUAGUGACUCCUACCCCACAGGACAUUGACAUUGUUUCCGUGUCAGAGACAUCUGCUGAGCUGGAUUGGAGCAUGCCCAGUGGGAUGACACAGAUUCCACACAGUUUCCUGGUCUCCUACCACAGCAGAGGGGAAGAGCCCCAGACCAUCACCACACAGUCAUGCAACGCAGUCAUCACUGGCCUGACACCAGACACUGAGUACACAGUCAGUGUCUCAACCAAAUUGCAUAAGCAGGCACACACAAGCCAACCGGCUACUAUCACUAUGCACACAGAUCCUCCUCCCCCUGGGCCACUCAAGGUGUCCUCUGUGUCCUCAGACUCUGUGAGUCUCUGCUGGGAGCGUCCUGCAGGGUUGGCAGGAUCACAGAGAUUCAAAGUCUCCUACACCGAAAUACUGACAGCAACAGUGUCAAGUAUUAUGGUGCCUGGCUUGAAGGUUUGCAUCCAAGACCUCGUGCCAGGAGAGGAGUAUGAAUUUGCAGUGUCAACUGUCAGUGACAGUGGGAGAGAAAGUGGCACGGUGACAGCCACCACCUGUACAGAUGUCCCUGUUCCGGAGGAUUUAAGUGUUGAGCUGAGGGGAAAUUCUGUUGCAGUGACCUGGAGAAGGCCACCACGACUGGACGAAGUGUCAUACCUGCUGACGCUGGGCAGUGAGGGACAGUGUGACCAGGCCAUCUGGACAAAGUCUCUCACAUACUCGUUUACUAAUUUGCCGUUUGGCCCUGAGUAUAGUGUCAGGGUCUGUUCUGUCCUUGCAAAUGGCAGACAGAGCAAACAUGUGUCUGAUGUCAUUUGCCAAACUAAGAGGCCUAGACUUGUGUGACUUAUUUUCUAAUAGUGAUAAUGUCUUGCAUGCUUCUGUAUAUUGGAAGAACACUAUUAAGGGCUGAUAGUUUUCACAUAGUCUCAAAAAUAUCCAUGGAAAUCAACAAAUCCAAGAAACUGAUUGAUGUUCUUGAGUAUUUUUUACAUGGUUUUGCAAGAAUAUUUCCAAUUAUAAUAGAGAUGCACCGUAUCCUGAUUUUUAGGAUCCUGCCGGAUACCGGAUCCACUGCUUAAGAUCCUGCCGGAUUCGGAA